AUGAUUACAUUCAGCACGUGGCAAGCCUUUGAAGAUGAGCACCUCGAUAACAAGUCCCUGCAGCUCGUUAUACCAAAGCAUCAUGGAGCGAAGUUGACCGAUAUCCCUGACGAUCAACUCAGCGAGAUCCUACCUGUGGUCAAAAAGCUGGCUAGUGCGACGGGUGCCGAGAACUACAAUCUCCUGCAAAACAAUGGAAGACUUGCUCAUCAGGUCGUCGAUCAUGUGCACUUCCAUAUGAUUCCCAAACCAAACCCUGAGGAAGGAAUGGGCAUCGCUUGGCCUGCACAGAAGGGGGAUAUGGACAAAUUGAAGCAGCUCCACGAAGCUUUGAAGUCCAAAAUGUAA